UCUCCUUUCUGUUUUCUGAGACAGGAUCUCGUGUAGAUCAGGCUGGCUUGAACCUCCACCUCCUGAGUGCUGGGACCCGGAGCUUUGUGCUUGGUAAGCAAACACUCUUAUCAACUGAGCACCCAUCCCCAGCACCCGUACAGACCUUUUUACUCUUCGGAGCUUUCUCCAGCUAGGGAGAGUGUAUUUGUUUCUGGCCACAAAGUUGGCUCGAGCCUCAUUAUUCCUACGGUGUCGUUGGCAGUUUUCUAUCGUGAGCUAUUUCUGGUCCACUUGCUUUCACAGGCUCUACUAUGGGGCACCCCGCCAGAGUAUUUACUCAUCUGACCCGGGACAGUGGUCCAGUUCCCUCUGCAUCCAGACCUUUAGUAACCGCCAGGGAGAAAGGGCGAGCGCCCAGGCUGCAGAGCCCAGCGCGGCAUUUUCAGGGCAUCUGUGAGCACCGGGGAGGCCUCACCACUAGCGUCUGGGGCACAUGACCCGGCUUAACUGCAAAUCUUAACGUUUAUUUCAGGAACCAGCUUCCUAAGAGCAAAUGUAAAAAUAAAAAAAAAAAAAAUUCAAACUUUACAGCUUCAAGCCACACAAUUCCGCGGGUUUGGUUCUUAGCAACCGCAGGGAGGAAGCGAAAGCAACCUCCGCCCCGCCCCACCCCCAGGCUUGCAGGCGUCCCCAGGCUUGCGGGCGUCCGUGGACCCCGCAGCCGAGAGGUCGUGGGUGGGGACCUUCAAACCCUUUCAGUUCCGGAACCCGCGCAUACUGCGGAGCCUGAGUCACCAACUGCCACCGCGGGCCGGAAGUCACCGCCACCUCUCACCGCGGGAGAAAGGUUUCCUGUGAGCCAGGGAGCGCGCACGGACUACGACUCCCGGCAUGCUCCGCAGUUAACCCUUCAGGGCCCAGAGCCGCCCUGCGUCUCGCCCCCGCCCCUUCCUAGCACCCGGCAAGAGAUGGGUGCCCCAUCGGCACACUGUCCUUUGGCCACCUGACAUCAUGCCGCCCAAGAAGGAUGUUCCUGUGAAGAAACCAGCAGGGCCCCCCAUCUCUAAGCCUGCUGCCAAGUCUGCAGCAGGGACCCCUCCAGCCAAGACCAAGGCUGAGCCAGCUGCCCCCCAGGCCCCUGCAAAAACCCAGGAGCCUCCUGUCGAUCUCUCCAAAGUCGUGAUCGAGUUUAACAAGGACCAGCUGGAGGAGUUCAAGGAGGCCUUUGAGCUGUUUGACCGAACAGGUGAUGGCAAGAUCCUGUACAGCCAAUGUGGAGACCUGAUGAGGGCCCUGGGCCAGAACCCUACCAACGCCGAGGUGCUCAAGGUCCUGGGGAACCCCAAGAGCGAUGAGCUGAAGUCCCGACGCGUGGACUUUGAGACGUUCCUGCCUAUGCUCCAAGCAGUGGCCAAGAACCGGGACCAAGGCACAUAUGAGGACUACCUGGAGGGGCUACGUGUGUUUGACAAAGAGGGCAAUGGCAAAGUCAUGGGAGCAGAGCUCAGACACGUUCUGACCACCCUGGGUGAGAAGAUGACUGAGGAAGAGGUGGAGACUGUCCUAGCAGGCCACGAGGACAGCAACGGCUGUAUCAACUAUGAGGCCUUCCUGAAGCACAUCCUAAGCCUCUGAGCUCCCCAGAGUCCUCCCCGGCUAGUGUCGUCCUGAGGCUCCUAGACCAACCAGACAGAAGAGCAGGCAGUGCGUUUUCCCAGUCUGUGCAGCUCAAGCGCCAGGGCGGGACAACUUUCUUUUUCCCACACAGACCCAGCCGGGUCGGUACUUACCCCACCUCCCAGGCGGCUGGGAGCGCAUUCCUGCCACUAGGCGGCACUUAGAGUUUUCAAAUAAAAACAUGGUUCUUG